UUAGUUUUGAGUGACUCGCAAUGAGCUGAGCCAUGGAACCUGUGACUUUUGCCCUGCGCUGCGGCGACGACGAGCCAAAGACAUUUACGCUGGUUCCUGGUGAGGAGAUGAGAGUGUCAGCAUCGGCCGCGAUCCCAAAUGUGACAUCUUUGUCAACUUGUCCGGCGUGUCCCGGAACCAUGCCGAGCUCCGACUCUGCGAGAUGAACGAGAUGGACAAUGCGUGGCGCAUUUGCAUCGUGGACUUGUCCUCCAACUUUACGGGGCUUAAGGCUGAGGAUGGCACUUUGACGCACCUGGAGCGUGGAGUAGCCACAGAGGUGCCGGAGGACCACCUGGUGGUGCUUCCCAUGAAGAUCAAGGCCACUGAGGGGAACCCUGCGGACCUCAGGAUGAGCUUUGCUAUUGAGCGCGCGCCCAAGAAGAAGUCAAAGGCGAAGGCCAAAAAGGACAAGGCGGAGCACGUGGAGCGCGUGGAGCACGCGGACGAGGUAGAUGUUGAGCACGCGGACGAGGUAGAUGUUGAGAAGGUCACGACGGGAGUGACGCUUGCGGAUCUUUUGCGCGACAAGGAGGCAGAGCGCAGGGCUGAGAGGAAGAAGGAGGAGGAGAAGGAGGAGGCUGCCAGGGAGAGAGCCAGGCUAGAUGCUGAAGCCAAGGAUAAAGCAAGACAAGAAGCUGAGAAGGAGAAGGAGAAGAUUGAAAAGCGACUUGAGAAGGAAAGAGAAAAAGAGGAAAGGGAGAGGCCGAGGAAGCGAGAACGAGUUCGGACGAAAGGCUCGCGAAGUCGAGGCAGAAGACCAACCAGCCGUCGCAGUCGUAGAAGAAGGAGCCGCUCUCGGAGGCAUUCUCACAGACGAGUGCGGAGAUCCAGGCGGCAGCGGCGGCGAUCCCGAUCCCGCAGCCAGCGGAGCCCCAGACGGAGUCGCCGGCGGAGCCCCAAGCAGAGCCCCAAGCGGCCCAGCCCCCGGCCAAGCCCCAAGCGCAGCCCCAAGCGCAGCCCCAAGCCGAGCGCCAAGCCGAGCGCCAAGCGGAGCGCCAAGCGGAGCGCCAAGCGGAGCGCCAAGCGGAGCGCCAAGCGGAGCCCAAGCAGAGGCAGUAGCCCAUCUAGCAGGUCAAGCCCUGUCAAAAAGCCAGCCAAGAUCGCCCGUGCCAACUUCAGCAAUGCCCCGCCCGAAGUGGCUCCAGGGCUUCCGCAAGACUUGCUCCAUGACCUGGCCACGAAGGAGCUGGCAGCUGGCUUUGGGCCGAAGACGGCGGUCGCAGGGCCAACUUCAGGAGGUCCAGGAGGUCCAGGAGGUCCAGGAGGUCCAGGAGGUCCAGGAGGUCCACUUGGGGGAGCAGUUCCGGGAGGCUCUGUCAUCCCCAGCCUUGCUGGCCUGGCUCCAUUGCCACGCAGCUCAGAGAUGUGCGGAGACUACCAGCGGGGAUCCUGCAGCCGUGGGGACAGAUGUAGAUUUUCUCACGGACCUGCCAGGAUGCCAGAUGGUAGACCUGUUUCAGCAGCAGCCAUAGCUGCUCACGCUGCAAUUCUUCAAGAAGCUGAAACAAAAGCCAGAAUGGCGGCUUUGGACGUGUCUCAAGCUGCAGCCAAAGCAGCAGCAGCGCUCAUGGCCAAGGAGAGCCCCGAGGCAGCUGCUCCAGCUGCGCCAGCUGCAGCCAAAGUGCCCAAGUCUGUGGAAGUUGGCAGCGAUGUGCACUUCCUUCACCAAGGAGAGUGGAAGAUCGGCACUGCCUUGGCGCAGACGGCUGAUGGGGAGAAGCUUACUGUGCUCACGGAGACUGAGCAACUAGAAGUGCCCCUCACUGCUCUGAGCAACUCGACAUCGGGCUUGGGCGUCGGGCUCACGCUGAGCGGAGCUUUGAGUGGCAGAGUGCCAACGGCCCGGCCUGACUCCAGAGCUGGAGCUUCCGGAGCUGCCGGAGCUUCCGGAGCUGCUGGAGGCUCUGGAGCUUCCGGGCCUGGAGGGGUCUUGGGACUGCUCGGGCUCUCCGCGCAAGCGCCGGCCUUCCCCAAGAUGCCCGACAAGGUGCCUGAGGCCUUCCCGAAAAGGCCUGGCGCUGCUCAAAUUGGUGUUCCCACACCUCGGGCAAGUGCAGCCUCGGGAUUGACUGUGACGGUCCCCUCGCCCUUCGGAGGCAAGGCCAUCUCAAUCGCGGUGCCAGUUCCCCAAGCCCAGAUGAUGGGAACAGUGCAGUCGAAGGCAGCGCCGAAGGCGCCGGCGUUCACGGCGACGGCGCCAACGGCAGCGCCAGAGCCGGUGGUCACGUUCUCCAAGGCAAGACCUGAGAUGCAUGCCUGGGGGUGAAGGAGAAUCUCAGCACUAGCCAGCUGGCGCUGUAGGGAGUUAUUUCAGAAGUC